AUGAUAACAUGCAUCAUAUCUUAUGUUUAUGCUCAUGCUCUUUUUUUUUUUUUUUUUUUUUGCUCUACCCCAUUGGGGUCAUUCCAGAAAAUUUACAAAUGCGUUUUCAUCGGAAAGGAGGCAGUGAAGAAGGAGAUUUUCCGAAAAUAUUAUCGACACAAAAAAAUCGAUGCGAAGAUCCGAAAAUUAAGAGUUUCUAACGAAAUCAAAUUCACAAAAAAGCUAGCCAGCAUAAACAUAGAUGUACCAAUUCUCUACUUUGUUGAUGUGAAUGAGAAAAGUCUGUAUUUAGAAUUUGUCAAAGGGUGCACCAUUAAUCAGAUUCUUAAAAAUGUAAAACAAUACGAACCCAAUAUUCCUAGAUGCAUAGGCAGAGUACUAGCCAAAAUACACAAUGGGAAUGUAAUCCAUGGUGACUUCACGACUUCUAACAUGAUUUUGAGAAACUCCUACAUUGGUGAUGGAUGCAACGUUUUGGAUUCCACCACCGGGUUGCCUUACCAGUUGGACGACGUUAACUCGAUACGGCUCUGCAUUAUUGACUUCGGUCUGUCGUUCUUGUCUACCUCGGUUGAGGACAAAGCGGUAGACCUGUUCGUCCUUCUUAAGGCCAUCAAAAGUUUCCACAGCGAGUUUGCGCUUCUGGAAGAGGACAUCCUAUCGGGGUACCAAACCAAAUCAAACAACUUUGACGAAAUAAAGAAGAAGUUAGAAAUAGGUAAGACCAUAUCAAACAGAGGGGGCGCAAGAGACCCAUGGUUGGAUAGAAUCCCCGUGUUCAGCACGCAGAGGGAGAAGUAA